AUGGGGUGCAAGAGCGCACCAAGACCACUUGUUGUACUUCUGGAGAAAGAAACAGAAGUUCUCGACGAAUUUUACGUCGACUUUGAAAGUUCGAUUCCGUCCUGGGAUAUCUCUGUGGUGCGGAAGUUCUUCAACAGUCAUGAAACGGUCGACGCAGGAUUCCCCCAUCUGGGCAGAGCGAGGCUGGAUGGACGUUGCCAUGAUACCGGAUUGGCGCGCGAUUAUCCCAACUGGCUCACACCUGCUGAGCUGCAACAUCAUUUAGGGACGAAGUGCUUUGACUGUGCAGAACAAUCGGAUGUUGACCGCCAACUUGUCUACAUUUACCGGUUAUGUCCACAAUACAUCCUGGCGCUCAUACGGACGGCAUAUCGUCAUCAACUAGCGGCUCUACGUGACACCAUAUGGCAACAUAUUGCUUGCGAGGCUUCGAUGCGUGUGAAAAUUCCAGUUGAUGGCUUCAAAACAUAUCUUCUGGAAUUCCACAUGCCAUUCCUCACUCUCCGUUGCUCUGCAGAGGCCGCUACAGAUACGCACUCCCCUGAGGGUGAGCCUGAGCCCUGGUCUGAGAUCGGAAGUCUCGUCAUCAACUGCGAACAGCACAAAGGACUGUGUAAGUGCAUGGUGCGAGAAGCCAACGUCUCUGUGGCAGUCUGCGGGUGGGAUUCGAACAAGUGGGUAUGCUGGGCGUUCUCUAACACUCAUUCCGAUCCGGCUUCCUGUAACGAGGAAGAGCCAGAUGAAGAAGACAUGCAGGAAGAUUACGUUGGUACCGAUGGCAAUGGGCCAGAAGAUGGCCUAGUCAUCGACACUUCGCAACCCAUUUGGGGUGCGCGUCAAUACUGGCUACGAGUCGUAGACCUUCGUAUGCGUAUCAUACACAAAGAGUGGAAGUGGCUUGUGAUGAAUAUGGAACAGAAAGUCAAAGCCUGGACCAGGGGGCUAGGCAGCAAGCAACGCGAGAAAGCAGAGGAGCUCCUCGAAUGGACCUUGCAGUCGAUGGAGCUGCUCAACAUUCUCAGCGAAAAGCUUGGCAUGACGAUACAGGCAUUCACUCGAUUCGAAGGCGACAAACGCUACUUCCUAGACAUCAAAGAUAGUCGUGCCGUAUCGACCUUCGAUAGUCUGCAGGAAACUUUUGAAAAACUCCUAGGCUUGCAGAAAAAGAUCAUGAGGCUCGAGAGGUCGUGCGAUCAGACAGAACGAAUUGUGCAACUUCUCAUGGCCAAGGUUGGGAAUCGAAUCAGCGCAGAAACUCAGGAGCACUCUCGUGAGUCCCAUAAAGUCAACUUGGCUACGAACCGCGUCAGUCAACAGAUGGCUGUACUCAAUCGCAAAAGUACACAAGCGGCGGUCGAAUCUAGCCGCACCACUCUUGUCAACGUCCAACUAUUCCUGGUCACAACGCCCUUUGUACUGGCAUUGCAGUACUUCGGGGCGGAAAAGGACAUUUUCUCGUUUGAAAAGAACCCUCGAACCUUCAGCUACGCCAUCUGCGUCCUUUUCUGCGCGUUACCCCUUCUUACUUAUGGUCUGGGCUUCCUAAACCAGCGUUGGGAUAAAUUUUCUAGGAGGUGGUUUGGGAAGUCGAAGUCCGAAGCCGAUCAAGACCUGACGCCCGUGGACGAAGAGUUCCAAUCCCUGACUGCCGUGUGUUGA